AUGGUGGAGAGACCACCAUCAUCAGAAGGCUUGCCUGAUCGACCAGCAACUGAUACAUCAUCUAGUACUGGGCAUAGUCAAGGCAAUCAAUCAGAGCCCAGUGUACUAGUUGGAACGUUUAACAUAUCUGAACAAGGAGAUGGAUCAUUUCCAGAUCUCAGUCGGAUUGUCUCAGCUGUUCUUGGCUCUUUUGGAAUCGCAAAUGUGGAGAGUGGCAUUGAAGGGAUUGAUCUUAGACAAGCUGCUCCAGAAAGGCUUUCAAGAACACCUGGUCUGGGUGGCUUGAGAAAUUCUAACAGACAGCAACCUGAUGAGGCUGCUGUAAGGGGUCAGUCUAUUCCCCAUACCGGUGCUUCUUCACUUCCGACUGCUGUUCCUUUGGAUCUCCUGCACCCGCAGGUUAUUCCCGAUUCGUUGACGACUUUAUCCCAGUACUUGGGCCGUAUGAGGCAAGAAUUUAGCGCCUAUGGGUUGGCAGUCAGUGGCCAGAGCAACCAUUCUCAAGCUGCAGGUACCCAUGAGAGUGAUGGGCUACAUUCAGUUACUGCCUCGCAAUUAGCUGCUGGACGGAGAGGUCUCCCAACGCCAGCAUCCUUGGCGGAGGUGAUACUGUCUACUAGGCAAAUACUCAAUGCAGAAGCUGGAAACUGCUUAUCACAACUUGCUAGACAGCUAGAGGAUCAUGCAAAUGUGACUGAUCUGUCAGAACGUAUGAGAAUUCAAUCUAAUGCUAUGAGAUCAGGACAUCUUUUGCAAAAGUUAGGGGCUUUAUUGCUUGAGCUUGCUCGGACAACCAUGACAUUGCAAAUGGGUGAAAUGCCAGCUGAUGCCGUGGUUAAUGCUGGCCCUGCGGUCUUUAUAUCCACAUCAGAUCCCAAUCCUAUAAUGGUUCAGCCACUUCCUUUUCAACAGGGAAUGAAUUUUGGUGCGGUUCCUGUGGGAAGUGUACAGGCUGGCUCUGGAUUGUCUGUUGGUUCUAGUGAUCCUGGAUUUCUUCCGAGGAAUAUUGACAUCAGAAUACGUACAGGUUCAUUGAUAUCCUCAGCCACUAACCAAAGGGAAUCAACUGGUUCACAGCCUCCAGAGCAAAUUGAUCCAGCAGCUUCUGGUGGUGGGAAUCCCGUUGAUCAAGCUGCUUCAGCAGCGAUCAGAAGUUCAUCUUCCACCAGGGAGUCUGGAGUGCACAUAGUUCCCAUGAGGACUGUGGUUGCUGCAGUUCCUGCUCCUGUGGGACGUGUAUCUUCUGAGCCAUCUCGUGGUGCAUUGGGGAUAUUCUACCCUGUUCUAGCUAGAGUUCAGCAUGCAAUUUCUGGAAACUUGAAUAGUACAAGUGGUUCUCAAGCAUCCGAUGAACGUCAUUCUCGUGAUCUAAACACCGGACGUCAGGGCAUUUCUGAUUCUGAUGUACAACAGCAAAACAUUGGAGUUCCUGGAGUAGAUGGCACCGUUGACUCAGGUAGUGGGAUUUCAAAUGGUCAAGAAUUUUCUGCACAGGGUCACAGUGGAUUUGAUCAGUUGCUGAGAACUAUAUUUCCUGGUGAGCAGAUCCAUGACGGCGACAUUAGCUUUCAGGGGAUGGAUACAAGUUCUGGUUCAGGACAUGUUGGAACAGCUCAAGGUGCUGCGAAUACUCAAGAGGCAGCACCACGAGUGGGCGAUGAAGGAACCUUUUUUUCUAAUAUGCUACAUCAUAUCAUGCCCAUGAUAUCUCAAAAUGUGACCAUAGGGUCAACUAUUUCAACUGCAGAAGGAGCAAGUGUUGUUGAAGAUAGAACCACACAGGCUUCCCCAACACAGGCCCAGGGGAACCCAGACAGGGGAACAUCUUCACAUCAGCGGCAUGACCCUCCUUCUGAAUCAAGCUCAAAACGGCAAAAGGGUCUCGAUGAUGGAUUUAAUAGUUGA